UCACUCCCCGGUCAGGUGAGAAAACUUUCCCAGCUUUAUUGUAGGAUACCUGUAUGUAGGUGUCACUCAGCAGACCCUGCUUGGGGUUAAGACAGUUUGUGAUCUUCAGUGGUGGUAAACUGCUCCCGCCACCAUGGCCGAAUCCCAGCUCGUGAUUAUGGAGGACGGGCACAUCGGAGCCAAGGUCCCGGAGACCAAACCGGAGUUUUACUACAGUGAAGAGCAGCGCGCUGCUAUUGAACAGCUACUAAAGAAUGGCGACGGCGCCUUCAAAACAAGACUUAAAGAAGACAAGGUGAAAGACUUUCUGUCUGCCAGGGAAAUCAAACUAUUAACGAACACUUUCCGGCCGUAUGACUCGGGGGAUGACAGCAAGGCAUCUCCCUCCGGGUCGGAGCAGGGAGCCGCCGGAACCGACGCGGAUUCAGGGGUCCACUCCACCUACUGGCCCCAGAUGUCGGACACAGAGGUGCCGCCGCUGGAUAUCGGUUGGCCCAGCGGGGCUUUAUUCAAAGGGGUGACCCGGGUAUCCGUGCACACGCACCCACCCAAAGACAACGGACCUCACAUUAAGGAGGUGGUGCGGCGGCUCAUCCAGGAGGCUAGUAAGGUGAUAGCAAUAGUAAUGGACAUGCUCACGGACAUCCACAUCCUGCAGGACUUGAUGGAUGCAGCUUCACGUCGCUUGGUGCCUGUUUACAUUUUGUUGGAUGAGCAAGGUGUGCCGCACUUCCUAGAUAUGUGCUCCAGGCUGCAGAUUGGCUCACAGCACCUUCGGAACAUCAGAGCCAGAACACUUCAGGGAAAUGGCUUCAGCUUGUCAUUUGGCAAACUGCCCGGUUCACUCUGUAAUAAAUACAUCCUGGUAGAUGGGGACAAAGUGGUUUUCGGUUCCUACAGUUUCUCCUGGUGUACGUCUCGCAUGGACCGAAACAUGAUCACUGUGAUGACCGGACAGGUGGUUGACUUCUUUGACCGGGACUUCCGUGAGCUGUAUGCCAUUUCUGAGAAGAUGAACCUCUACAAGGAGUUUCAUGUCAGCCCUCCUGCUGCCCACUUGACCACCUCAGUUCAUUCCAAAGCGGGGACCAAACGCCCGCCAUUACCAGCAACCACAUCCCGCUUCCAGGUUAGCUUAGGGGACUCAGGAAAUCCUCAAAUCCAGGUCCCCGCAUACAAAUAUUACAACCCUAAAUACUCACUAGUAUUUGGGGAUACUCCCCGUUCAACAGGAUCCCUGCAAGCACCAGGACCCAAGAGGGGUUCAGAUCUACCUGAGGUUCCCGAGGAGACAGAUGUGGGGAGGUCACGAUUGGCCAGCAGUGAGAAGAUGGAUCGGUUGAGUCCACUGCCAUCAGAAUCCCCAGGCGAAAGCUUCAAGAGGAUAAAUGGAGUCAAGUCGGACAAAAAAGGGCAGGCCAUUUUUAAGUCGAGAAAACUUCUCAGGUGGAGAUCCUCCAGUAAACCUUCUGUUAACACCAGUACGGCCCCUGUAUCCCUAGAAACUAGUCAAGAUGAGGAGAAUGAGGAUACGUGCGAAGUGGUCAUAGUGUCCCCGUCCAAAUUUAGUAAGAAACCAUCUAAACUGGGCCGCAAGACAGCGUCUGAGCAAAAUGUCAACACCACAAAAGACACUGAGAGUGUUGAAGGUCAGCAAAAAGGAAAGUGUAAAGUGAGUUGAAAUCUCCACAGAAUAGUCACGCAUUCCUGUAAUGGAUUACAGAAUGACUUCGUUAACAUGAGCAUCAACAUCACAUUUGAUUGUGCUGAAGUAUUUGAUCCAGCGUCUUACAGAAAGACCAGAUGAAUGUGCAGUCAUGUUGUUUAAUGCCAAGUGUACAAUAAAUGAUCUGAGUUUUAUGGGCUAUGUUGCAGAAUGGAUUAAUGAGAGACUACUUGAUGAUUACUUGCUUCCUGUUUUGCUUUGAAUCUUGUUAGAGAUCCAGGUUUUUCCCUGCUGGACACUGAAUGUAUACCUUUUAAGGUGCAUCAAAGUAAGAAGCCUGUCUGUAAAAGAACAUAAGAAGUCAUCUUAGUUGGCUUUACAUUCCAAAGGUUAUAUAAAUUCCCCCAGAUAACCACACGCAUUCACCUCAGCCUCGUACUAUGAAGAGAGUUCAACAUACCCAGGGUAUCUUUCCAUUACCUGGCUUCACUUACCCUGACAUCAGCACUCAGGAUAAGCUUUCACACAAAGCUCGAUAAAUUAACCCCAGACUUCCUCUGCGUGUUCACAUGGAAGGGCUGCUGCUGACGGCUUCUGGCAAAUCAGAUGGAUACAUACUAGCAACCGAGUGAUAGUAUGUUUUUACAAAGGAAGAUAAAAUUGUACUAUGAGUAAAAAUAUGAAAAGUUAAACAUUAGAGGCUGAAAGUAACAGCUGCUGCAGACAAAGCAGCAGUGUGUGUGUGAGAGAGGGGAAAAACACUGCACAGUAGUUUGGUAUGGAUGUGUGUGUGCUUUAAAUAUUUUGGUCAGUAAGACUGGAAAAGAGCUGCUAUUAAUAAAGUUUACUCAAUUUUGAAGCCAGGAAAGAAACUGGUCAAAAUGUUAACAGCUGUGUAAGUUAAUAGACUUAUCAAUAUCACAACUCUAUCAUUGAGACAUGGGAGAAUCUCAUGGAUUAUGUUGAGUGUUUCAUUAAAUUAAUGUUUAAAUAUGAGAUGGUUUACAUUUCUAUCCUUUCAGCUCCAGCUUCAGUGGUGUUGACAGUCUGAGAGUAAAGAAUAAAUCUAAAAUUAGAAUUUAAGCAGACUUAGACUACAAGUACAAAUAGAUGUCCUAUUUUAGGGUUGUUAAUGCCAGGUAAAACUGUUUGCAACCAGCAGGGGGGAAAAAAAAAAUUAAAGUUGCAUUUAACAAUCAAAAUAUUUCUUACUGAUGCUUUUUGGGGAAAGCUCAAAGUUCUUACUGAAAACUUCAGACUCUCCUACUAUUUGCACACGACGGCUCUGAGGGAGCUUUGCACUUUCUCUGGAGAACUGAUUAGUCAGUAGGUUGUGAUUUCAUACCUGUUUACAAUUUUUGUUUCCAUAUAUAUUUUAUUGCCAAUAAUUCACUUUAAUGUAAGUAUGAUGCACUGAUAAAUCAUGGGAUCUUUUAGUUUUUUGCUCUGUUGGUGUGCCAAAAAGAUUUUAUUUUAGACACUUCCUACAUAGUUUUAUAUUGUAAAUCACAAACAAACAUACUCCUUUAAUUCUGUAAACUGAGGAAAUUGUCAUAUAACAAGUAAAAUCUUUA